GACGCGGUCCCGCAGUGCUGGCCCUGGUCCCGCAGUGCUCGCUCGGGCCCUGCGCUCGUCGCGGUGCUGCCGGUUCGCUGUGCCCGCGGUGCGGCCCGGCCCGGUGCUGUGCUGUGCGGGGCGGUGGGCACCGGAAGCUGUCCCAAUGGCCUCAAAAGCACAAAGUGAGGAUGCAGAACAUGCAGCUGAGCCUCCUGCAGCUCCUGUGCAGAGGGACAGUACCUUCCAGUGGGGAGCCAUCCUUGCUGCAGUGAAGGACCAGCUCCCAUCCCUGGACUCUGACUCCUCCACAUCUGAUUGUGAGAGUGAUGAGGAGCUUUUCAUCUUCCAGCGGGACCUGCCAAACUUAAUUCCAGACCUGUCAGAAGAACUGAUGAUGUUUUCCCUGGAAGACUCCCAGGAGCAGGAGACAGAAAGGCUUUCAUGGGAGAUCUGGAACGGAGACCUGGAAAGUUUUGACUUUCAGGAAGAAACAGAUGGUGCCCAAAUCAUUGCAAAAGAAGAUGUACAAAUGAUUAAAGAUGAAGCUCCUGAACCUGCCAGCCAGACUGAAGAAAUGCCAAGCCAAAAGAGAGCUGUUCUUGAAGAGUCUCCCUCAGAUUCCACAGAUCACCUUGAGGAGAAAGAAAUGGGCAGGACACAGGCCAAGGAAAAGGGGAACUCCUGGCUUAACACAGCAGUGUCUGUGGAGGAGCUGUUCAGUAAAAAGGAGAGAAAAAAGCUGAUAGAGACAAAAAUACUCUCCAAGGUCAUUGUGAAGCCAUCCCCAAAGCAGGAUGUCAAGCCUCUCUCCCAUGGUGUCAACAACGGUCUAGGAAGUCUUGCAAAGGAAGAAACCUCAGCUGAGCAUCUUGGAGAAGCCACCCAUUUGUCAUUGCAGAAUAUUGAGAAAUGGGAUGUGGACAAGAAUCUUGAGGAGCUGGAGCAGCAGGGAGAUAAAACUUGUGCAGAAGUUGCUGUCUUCCCAGCAGAUUAUGAGACUUUGAGGAGGAAGUCUGAAUAUGAGCUCAUGGAAAGGCUGGGAGAGCUGUGUGCCAGGCAGUCCAGGGCAGCAUCCCCUCCCUGUGGGAGGCCACCAGCCAAGCUCUGCUCCUUCCAGGGACAGCAGGACAAUAAAGAUGUUGCCUUGCUGUCAUCCCCACCAAGUUCUCUGAGGAUGGACAGGAUAAAUUUCCAGAGCCUGCCAAAACCUGCAACUGUGUUCAUUGAUUUGAGAGAUGCUGAGCCACAAAAGUCAGUGACAGUCCCUGAAGAGGAACAAAGUGCAAGUGACAGCUCCUCCUCUGAAGAAGAAGAAACUGUGAUAAUUAAGGAUGAAGCAGAAAGGAGAAUGAGGAAUUGCUCAGGGAAGAGCCUGUUACUGCAACAACUCCAAGCAGCCCGUAAGGAGGCCUUGGAGCAUCUUCAUAAAGCGUCUGCUCCAGCUGAGAAUCGGCAUCCAGAAAGGCUGGAAGACAGAGGUUCCUCUAAUAAAAGUCAAAACCAAUCUUGUAAAGUGAGGCAAGAGAUAAAUGAGCUGGUUCCCAGGAAACUGAUGAGAUUGGAACCAGGCAAGGAAAGUUCCCCCUUUUCAAGCUGUGGGGACAACAGAGCUCACACAGAGAAAGAGAACAAAAUGGGAGCUGAGAAGAUUCAAAAUGCAGCAAAUGCUCCAGAAUGUCAUCUAAUUACAACAGAAUUGCCAAGGAGAGAAGGAAGUGAAAGAGAGCUAUCCCAAAAGGAAGAGGAGAUGAAGGAGAGGCAGAGGAGGUGCAGAUUGCAGGAGCAGCUGGAGCAGUGGCAGCCUCAGCGCUCGGUGCGUGGGAAGCAGCCCAUGGCAGAGAACACCCCGCUCCUGUUCCACAUGGAAGCCUCUUUUUUGCCAGCUAUUGACACAUUGCCUGGAUCCCACAGAGUGCAGAAGGAGGUGCUGCUGAUGACCAUUUGGCUGGCAAGUUGUGGCCAAGUGGCCACGGAUCAGUGUGAGGGGCAGCUGCCUGACAAGGUGCUGGGAGCAGCCAACAUCUACCAGGCCCUGGUGGCGUGGCUGCUGUCCCUGGUGCCUCCUGUGAAGAGGAAGGAUGGCCCCAAAGCUCCAUUUGAGGUGGUGGGGCUGCAGCAGGCCUGGAGAGAGGAAGGCUUGGCCCUCUAUGCCUGCCUGGUGGCACCAGAGGAACCUUCAGCCCAGAGCUGCCCCUGGAGCCACGAGUCACCAGCUGCAGAACAUCUCCAGGGAGCAUCCAGGUUUUACCAGACAGUUUCUGCAUUUCUGACCUCUACAUGGCUUCCAGAUCUUAUUUGGUGGAAAGAUGAACUGGCCAGUCACUUCCAAAACCAGCUGUGCCCACUUCUUCCUGGAAUUCCCUCUGUCCUGCUCAGUAACAUCACUGCUGUUAAUCCUGACCCUCAGGCAGUGGAGAAGGCGUUUGCAGUGCCAAAGGGAUUUUACUGGCAGACAGUUGAGAGUGAUGACAAACACUUCCCUGACAGCAGUGCCAUGGAGGCUUGCAGAGACACAGACACCGAGGUUGCCAUGGUGUUGCUGUUUGAGGAUCUCUUCCGAAGCCCCCUGGAGACCCAUCACACCCUGCAGCUGCUGCUGGGCUCUGGGCUGGAUGUCUGCGGCCUCCGCCUGCUCUACCCCGGGCAGGAGCUGCUGCUCUCCAGCUCAGAAAAGCUGCCUUCCUCCUCCACUUCAGAGCCUGGCAAGGUGUCCCCAGUGCUGGCAUUAUGUGUGAGAGGGCCCAAAGCCCAUGGCAUCCUGCAGGACAUCACCCAGGGCUCUCCCAGGGCCCAGAGCCGAGCGGAGCCUCUCGCGUCCCUGCCCCUGCCCGGCCGGGUGCACAGGGAGCUGUGCCUCUGGUUUGGAGGGAGAGCUGCUGGAAUCCUGCCCCCAGCUUGCAGCUCUCAGUGUCCUUCACCAGCUGGGGCAGGAGCAGAUGAAGCAAAAGUUGACCUCCAGGGCUUGAUGCUGCCUCCACCUCCAGCCAUGCUUGUCUCAACUACCAAAGGGGACAUCAUUCUGCUGGUGUCACCUGUGGUACCUCCACGUGCCUAUGGGGCUGUGCUUUCGACCUGUGCCCGCCAGGGCUUUGUGCUGCAAGGACUGCGGCAGCUCCAGCUCUCAGCACAGCAAGGCCUUGAGCUGGGCAUGACAGCAGGGCAGAUUGCUGUCUUUUGCCCUGGCAAGAGUUCAAGCUCACCUGAUGGUCCUGCAGGAGGAGAAAUCCCUGCUGGAGCCCGCAGGCGCUGCCUGGUGCUGCUGCUGAGGAAGGAGAAUGCCAGGCAUCACAUCCCUGCCUUGGUGACAGGGCUGAUGGAUGAGCUGGCAGAGCCAGGCCUUGGCAUUGGGCACAGCAUCCCCCCUGCAGCUGCUGGAGCAGCCCCAUCCCUCUGCUUCCACGGGGCUCCGUACGCCGCGGCCACGCUGCACAGCCUGGGAGGAAACCUCAGCGCGGUGCCAGAGCCCCAUCACAUCCCUCUGGAUUUUCUGUGCCACCGAGUUUACGCUGCUGAGCCCGGGAUGGAGCAAGUGGUGAUGCUGACAGUGGUGGGGAUGCAGGCUCUGAAGAGUGCUGGAGAGCUCCUCCAGCAGAUCCUGCAGUCUCGGAGUGCAGCAGAGCCUGAUUCAGGAUUUGAGCUGCUAGGCCUGAAGUGGCUGCCCCACCUCACUCGGUGUCAGGCCAGGGAAAUAACCCCUUUUGAGGCUGGGGACACUCAGUGGCAGAGCAGCCUGGACACGCUGAUGUCCGAGCCCGUCCUGCUGUGCGCGCUCCGCGGCGUCGACGCCUUCCGAGCCCUGGGAGCUGCCCUGAAGGGAUGGACACAGGGCAGGGACAGGCUCAGCACGGGUGACAGCCUCCCACAGGCAAUAAUGGCCUUGACCCCAGAGGUGACCUUCAGACAAGCCAUCCUCUUCUUCACAGAGGCAGAUUUGGUACCUGAUCCAGAACACCGCCCUGCUAUGAAAUACCUUCCACCCCCUGGCAGGAGCUCCAGGACUGAAGGGAAGACCACAGUGGGUGACAGCUGGAGGUGCCAAGCAGAAUCCCUGUUUUCCUACCUGCAAGCAGGGGCACAGGUUCUGUGCACGCUGCUGCUCAUCAAACCCGGUGUCUGGAGCCGCAGGUUGCCGAGGAUCCUCCGGAAUUUACACCUGGAAAAAUUCAGCGUGGUCGGAAUGAAACAUCUGGAGCUGGAUGCGGCUGCUGCCUCCGCGCUCCUGCCCCGGGAGGUGCAGCAGGAUCCAGCUGCUGUAGAAGCUCACUGUACCUACCUCACCUCGGGCACUGCCCUCGUGCUGUGCCUGCAGAGGCCCAAUGCUGUGAAGAAGCUGAUGGAUCUCCUGGGACCAGAGGAUCCUCAACUGGCCCAAGCACUGGAUCCAUGCCUCUGGAGGGCUCAGUAUGGCACCAGCACAGUCCAGAAUGGAUUUUAUGGCUCCAGAUCCUAUCCAAUGGCUGUCCGGGAUGUGAAGCUGUUUUUCCCAGAAGGGCUGUGCUGUGCCCAGUGUCAGACAGGGCAGGAACAGGAGAUCCAGAACCUGAAACAUGACCCCAUCCUCAGCCUGGGAGUCAGGAAGCAGCGCAAGAUCCUAACCCGUGACCCGAGGGGACAUCCCAGUGUCCUGGGCUCCGAGCAGCCAGGCAGUCCUGAUCAGGCAUUGCUGGAGAAGCUCUGCCAGAGCACCUGCCUGGUGCUGCCUGGGAUAAUCCUGCAGGGUUCGGAGCCCCCCCCGUACGUGGAGCUGCUGGAGGAGCUCGUGGGCAGCGGCUUUGUGGUGACCGGAGCUCGCCUGGCUGUGCUGGACUCACCUCAGGCUCUCUGCAUCUCCCAGAUGCUCAGCAGGGCCAAGGGCAGUGUUGCAGCAAAGUGCUCCCUGUUGAAGGAUGGGUUGUGCCUGGUGCUGGCAGCACAGUGGGACAGCGCUGUCACCUCGCUGGGCUCUCUGCUGGACAGUGCCUGCUGGCAGAACCACUCAGUCCUGGACACUGCAGAGCAUCUCCUUUAUCCCCAAAAUGAGAAUCAGGCCCAGGAGCUGCUCUGCUGCCUUUUUGACUCCCUGACAUCAGAGAGCAUCCACCAAAUUGAAUGCCAGGAUUGCUAGCAGACAUGGGCAGUCCCCCAGGCUGUCCUUGGAUCUCUGUGGAGAUGGACACACAGCACAACCAGCUCUGAGAGCACUUUUGUUUGGAAUUAAAACACAGUCUGAAGUGUGGCAUUAGCAUGGGUCAGAGAAAUGAGAGUGGUGGAGGAAGGCUCAGCAGCCCAAAACAAACCCCUCUGAAAUGUGGCCGUGCUUCCCACCGGAGUCCAUCCAGAGACAAUCUGCUUGUGUCCAUCAGCAAAGCUUGGAGCACUGCUCUGGCUGGGAAAACCUCGGGAAGCAAAUCCUGGGGCAGGUGUUCACUGCUGUGUCUCUCAUGUGCCUGGGGACUCCACCUCCCCCAGGCCUCAAAGACUUCAUGGAGAGACUCCUCUUGCUGCUCCUGUGAUCUUUGAACCAAGGACAAACCCACAGCAAAUGAAGUGGAAAUAGUCAGAGGGAGAGCUGGAUCCCUGGAGGUUCAGUACACCAGGACGAGCUGUUCAAUAAGAUUAAAAGCUGGACAGCUCAGUGUUCACCUGCCUCUGCUCCAGCAGCCCUGUCAGGGGCUGUGCCAGCCCACAUCCUGCUCCCUCCCAUGGGAACACGGCCCUGCCUCCUCUUCCUCCUCCUCCAGCAGCUGCUGAUCCUGUCAUCCUUCCUAGGAGCCUGAAGGAAAGGGAAGCUGGUGUUAAUAGAAAGGCCCUCAGCAUUCCUGGGACCCACUGGGGUUUUUUCCUUCUUUUCUUUAGGAAAGACUCUUCUCUGAGCCCAGGAGCCUCCAGUUCCCACCUGCCCUGCUCAGGCAAACUUAGACUCUGCCCUGGUGAGGCCU